GAAUUUGUAAAGAUUGCAUUCUUACAGCAUCAUAUAAUGAUUAUGUGGGGAUUUUUCGCAAUAAUUGGCAUCUACAUAUGUGUGUGUAUAUUGUGUUAUUGUCUGAAAACACCAGUACUAUUGUUAUACCAUAAAUAUCUGACGAAAAAUAUACCUCUAACGGAGCGAUUUGGCAAAUGGGCAGCUAUUACAGGAUCUACGGAUGGCAUUGGCAAAGCAUAUGCCAAGCAACUGGCACAUCGCGGCUUUAAUUUGGUCCUAAUUGCGAGAAAUAAAGAUAAACUGGAACAUGUUGCCAAGGAAAUUGAAAACAGUUUCAGUGUUGAAGUAAUGACCAUACAGGCAGAUUUUUCCCUUGGACCCGAAAUUUAUGCAAAACUUUUUGAGGCAUUGGCGAAAAAGCCAAUUGGUUUAUUGGUUAACAACGUUGGCACAUAUGCCGGACGGACCGACCUAAUGUGGUCAUUUCCCCGAAAACUUCUAUGGGAUAUGAUUUAUGUCAACAUGGCUGCCGCCACCGAGUUGAGUCUCCACUUUGUGCGAGUCUGGGAGGGAAAUGGCACCAGAGGCUGCAUUGUAAAUGUAUCGUCAGGCUUGGAAUCAUAUCCGGCACCUUAUGGUGGGAUUUAUAGUGCCACUAAGGCCUAUAUGCGUAAUUUUACCACAACACUACGAUAUGAGGUCCGACACUUGGGUAUAACGGUACAAUUACUCUCGCCGCACUUUGUCUCCACAAAACUUGUGGACUUUUCAUCGUAUUUGCAAAGAGGCAAUUUUCUUGUGCCCACAGCUGAUGUUUAUGCCCGACAUGCUAUUCGAACAUUGGGCAAGGAUGAUACGACUACGGGUUAUUUCUGGCAUACGCUUAAUGAUGUUCUACUUAAGAUGGUGCCCUAUUACUAUCGGGCAAAAGUUUUUGACUUGAUUGCAAAAUGCUUAGUAGACGACUACUCGGAGACGAUUACAAAACUUAACGAUGAGAAGAGGGUAAAAGUUAGGAAUGAAAAAUAAAUUGAAAAUUAAAUGUAAGAGAAUUACAGUAAAUAAAUCGAAUAAAAAAACGCGUCCUACAGAAGGAGUGGACCGAUAUGUUUCAAC